AUGGCUUCCCAGGGUGUUAAUGUCUUCCGUUACUCGGCUCUCGUUGCCGGUCUCGUCUACGGUGUUUACCACCAGUCUUCGCUCAACUCCAUCACCAAGCGCGCAGAGAUCGAGCAUGAGUACACCCGCAAGGAGCGCCUGAUCGAGCAGGCCAAGGCCGAGUACAAGAAGAAGACCCAGCCCCAGCAGGAGACCAAGACACAAGGUGGACGUAUGUGUACCCCCUACGACUCUGCCACUUCGAUAUUCUCCAGGAUACCCGAAGCAGCCGCAUUGCCCCGAAGACUCUCGCAAUACUAA